GUGCGCCUUCCCAUCACCCCAGCCUCGGACCUGAUCACAUUUUGUUUAGGAACAGGUGUCUUCGUGCGCGUGCGCGGGGACGCUGAUUGAGCUCCUUCCUCGCGAAGAAACACAUCUUUGCAGCCUCCAAGUGGAAAACCGCCCUCUCCAAAACGACGUAACAAGCCAAGCAGAUAAUGGUUGGUGCCAUGCCUGUAUAAUGAAGAACCACGGGACACAACACAGUCUAUUUAUGACAUCCACAAACCUGAUAAAGUUCCAUUUAAUUGUUUAAGACUGAUAAGGCAUUAAUUGUGACAGAAGGGAAAGAUGUGGGUGUCUUUUUUCUGUUUGAUUGUUAUUUAUGCAGCUGUCCACAUUACCAAGUGCCAAACGGUUUGUAACAGACAAGAACCGCUUGAGUGGAACCUUAAUAAACACACAAUCCAAAUGAAUUGGACUUUAAUUGGAAAACUCUGUAAGAGUGAUUUUGAAUGCUGGGGUUCUCCGGGGGAAGGCCAAGUGAGGCAGCCUUAUAACUUUCCCCAGCUAUGCCCCCUUCAGCUACAGCAUGGAGACAAACUGCUGAUGUAUGCUGAUGAAACACUCAAGUCAUAUGGCAUCAGACUCUUCAAUGUGUCAAGAGAGGACUUUGAAAGCUGCAUUACAAAUGCAGAUUUAAAGAAUCAGUUUGUUUUCCCACACAAAAUAAAGGAAAGUGAACAUGUUGAGGCCAAGUGGAUUACCCCAGGUCAUCAUUACUUUAUUGCACUUCAUGAAGGAGAUUCACAGCUAUGCAAGCUUGGUUUAAGGCUGAAUGUGACUGUUAAAACACAACUCUGCAGGGCGUCCCCUUUUCUUAGACUUUGUUCGGGAAAUGGACUUUGUCGGACGGAUUUUUACAAAGGUGCAUACCACUGCCAAUGCCACCAUAACUACUUUGGGAGGUUCUGUGAAAGGUUUGAUGCAUGCUUGGAUAAUCCUUGUCAAAACAAAGGAGUCUGCCUGAGCAACGGAUCCACAGACCCAAAAGAUAGAACCUACAAAUGCUUGUGUCCACCACAUUUUACAGGGGUGAAUUGCUCUGAAAUCAUUGGGAAAACAAACUGUGAGAGAAUUUGCGAAAAUGGGACAUGUGUUCAACUAUCACCAGCUUCCUUCAAAUGCGUUUGUGAACCUGGAUUUUCAGGCCGUCCCUGUGAAAAGAGGAAAGACCUGUGUGACCCAUAUCAAUGCAGAAAUGUCAGCACAUGUAGAGAGACUCCUAAAGAAUUGCUCUGUUACUGUCCAGACCCUGGAAUUGACGUCAGCUGCUUGUCAUAUUCAUGUAUCGAGGAACAAAACUGCACUGCAGGGGGGCAUGACUCUGAGUGUAUUUGUACAGAUGGUAGUUUGGUCCCAGAAUGCAAGAAGCAGCAGAGCAUGUGCAACCAAUCGCCCUGCCUCAACAAUGGCACCUUUGUGUCUAGGGGAAAGGAUUACUUCUGCAGAUGUCUAAGUGGCUUUUCUGGGAAGAACUGUGAAGAAAUAAUUGACUACUGUGGACUGCUCAAUAUCAACUGCCUAAAUGAGGGAUUGUGUUUGAGCAUAAUUGGCGGAUAUCAGUGUUUUUGUACUCCAGGAUGGAUUGGAGAGUUUUGCCAGCAUGUAGGGGAUGCCUGCCUGAUUCAGCCACACAGUUGUCUUAAUGGAGCCACAUGCAUUUCCACAAGUCAGCCAAUAUCUCCUCCUACCUUCAUAUGCAAAUGUCCCCCUGGUUUCUCAGGAACAACAUGUGAAACUGAGAUCAGCGAGUGUGAUUCCAGCCCAUGUCAGCACAAUGGCACAUGCUCUGAUUUGCUUGGAGACUAUAUCUGCCAGUGCCCUACAGGUUUUCAAGGACGUAAUUGUGAAAUUGACAUAGAUGCAUGUACCUUGCCAGACUCUAGUUGUCCAUCACCAACUCAGUGUUUCGAUCUUCCUCAAGGCUUUGAAUACACCUGCCGUAUUCCCUGCCCAACAAACUUUAAGCCAUGUGCCAGUGGAGGUCAAUGCGUGCUGAAUACUGCCAGUAGCUAUAUGUGUAUCUGUGCACAAGGUUGGUCUGGUCAGAACUGCCAAAUAAAUGUCAACGACUGUAUCCAGCACUGGUGUCAAAAUGGAGCUACUUGUGUGGACGAGAUUGAUAGUUACAGCUGCCUUUGUCCCGAUGGAUACACAGGGGUCUACUGUGAGCAGGACAUUGAUUACUGUUUCAACAGUCCUUGCUCUGAACACGGCGUUUGCCUGGACCAGCAGUUUAACUUCACCUGCCGCUGCAUGCUGGGGUAUGAGGGUCUGCUAUGUGAUGUGGAAGAAAAUGAGUGCAACAGCUUCCCAUGCUCAAACGGCGCCACCUGUGUGGACCUAAUCAGUGAUUAUCGGUGCCACUGUCCCCUGGGGUUUGAGGGAAGGACAUGCUCUCAGAAUGUAAAUGAUUGUUGGUCGCAGCCCUGUCUAAAUGGAGGCUCGUGUGUGGAUCUGAUAAAUGACUACAUUUGUCAUUGUCCUCUUGGGUUUAAGGGACGAGAUUGCUCUCUGGAUAUUGACCUUUGCUCAUUUGGACUGUGCAGCAAACACACAGUGAUGUGCAUUGAGAGCAAGGAUGGGCAGAAUGUCUCUUGCACAUGUGAAAAAGGGUUUGGAGGGUCAUUUUGUGAAGUUAACCUUAAUGAAUGUGAAUCUAAACCGUGUCAGAAUGGCGGCAUUUGCGUAGAUGGCCUUGACCAGUAUCGAUGUCUUUGCUCACAAGGCUUUGGAGGUUUCAACUGUGAAAUCAACCAUGAUGAAUGUGUCCACGGAUACUGUGCCAAUAAUUCCACGUGUAUUGACUUGGUUGCGGACUAUGAGUGUAUCUGUCCUUCAGGCUUUGGUGGUAAGAAUUGCUCAAUAUAUCUGUCGGCAUUUACAACUGACCCACACCUCUGCAAGAAUGGAGGGACUUGUUUCCAUAAUUAUACCGGGGAAGUAGAGUGCAUUUGCCCCUUAGGCUACCAUGGUAAAGACUGCUCCUCAUCUUUGAGCCAGUGUGUAUCGAAUCCAUGUGACCCUGAAGGAACAAUUCUCUGUGAAGGGCUCGGAAGUACUUAUAGAUGUGUGUGCCACCAUGGCUACACUGGGACACACUGUGAGACACCUAUAAACCACUGUGUUGAUGGUCUUUGUCAGCACAGUUCAGCAUGUGUGCAUCUGUCAAAAGGUUUCAGGUGCGAUUGUUUGCCAGGUUUAACAGGCAAAUUUUGUGAAAUAAACAUUGAUGAAUGUGAGCAGGAUCCCUGUGGACCUCUCAGCAUUUGUAGAGACUCUCUAAAUGGCUAUGAUUGUUUCUGUGCACCUGGAUUCAUUGGAAGUCAAUGUGAAAUUGAAGUGAAUGAAUGUCUCAGUCAGCCUUGUGAUAAUGGAGGCACCUGCAUAGAUGAGCUCAAUUCAUUUAGCUGCCAUUGCCCUGCUGGAUUCUCAGGGAACUACUGUGAAGUCAAUAUAGAUGAGUGCGUUUCCUCUCCUUGUCUCCACAAUGCCACAUGUGUUGACCUUGUUGAAGGCUAUGAGUGUGUCUGUAGGUCCGGCUUUACAGGUACAAAAUGUGAGCUUGACAUUGAUGAGUGUGCUUCAUCUCCUUGCAAGAAUGGAGCAACUUGCGUUGACCUGCCCGGUAAUUACAUCUGCCAGUGUGUGGCUCCAUUUAAAGGUUAUAAGUGUGAAUUCUUGCCCUGUGAGGCCAGUAAUCCUUGCGAGAAUGAUGCUGUGUGUGUGGAAGAGUUGGAUCAGGACCGUUUUCCUUUGGGCUUCCGAUGUCACUGUCGUCGGGGCUUCUCUGGCCCCCGCUGUGAAAUCAAUGUGGAUGAGUGCAGCUCCAGUCCCUGUUUUCACGGCUUCUGCUAUGAUGUUGUAGAUGGGUUUUAUUGCCUUUGCAGUCCUGGUUAUGCUGGGCUGAGAUGUGAGGAGGAAAUUGAUGACUGUGUCAACAGUUUGUGCAGCCCUAACUCAGUCUGUAAAGAUCUACAUCAGGGCUACGAGUGUGUAUGUCAUUCAGGCUGGGAGGGGAAGUACUGCCAGCAAGAAAUUGAUGAAUGUUUAUCACUGCCCUGCAAAAACAAUGCCACCUGCAAAGAUCUUUUCAACGGCUACAAGUGUUUAUGUUCACCGGGUUGGACAGGUGUGGACUGUGCACUGGAUGUGAAUGAGUGUGAUUCUGGACCCUGUCUAAAUGGAGCUCAGUGCACACAAUCAGACAUACCUGGGGAGUUCUCCUGCACCUGUUCCCCCUUCUUCACCGGCUUCCUGUGUGACUUGCCGUAUGACCCCUGUGACUCCCUCCACAACCCCUGCCUGCACAACUCCACCUGCCUGACAUGCUCCGAUGGAACAGCCUCUUGCAGAUGCCCAGCUGGAUUUGAAGGAAGUUUGUGUGAAAUUGACACCAAUGAGUGUGCUUCAGACCCAUGCCAAAAUCUUGGGAAAUGUGUGGACCAGGUGAAUGGUUACAGGUGUGAUUGUCAGAUGGGAUUUUCUGGCCUCCUCUGUGAGGAAAACAUCAAUGAGUGCUCCUCCAACCCUUGCAGCAACGCAGGCAUCUGUCAAGACCUUGUGAAUAAGUUCCACUGCGUUUGCCCUUCUGGUUAUUUUGGAGUGUUGUGUGACCUGGAUGUGAACGAGUGUGAAGUCUCACCUUGUCUACAUGAGGGCAUCUGUAUCAACAUGCCUGGAGGCUUCAAGUGUGUCUGCCGACCUGGAUACUCAGGAGCGCAUUGUGAAGUGAACAUCAAUGAGUGUCUUUCCAGCCCAUGCCAAAAUAAUGGAAGAUGUAUUGAUGAGACUAAUCAAUAUCACUGCUGGUGUCCUGAUGGCUUCAUAGGGCUCCACUGUGAGUCCAACAUUGAUGAAUGCAUGUCAGCUCCGUGUCUUCAUGGGAGCUGUAAAGAUGGAGUAAAUUCAUACACCUGCCUUUGUAAAACGGGUUGGACUGGCAUCAGAUGUGGAACAAACAUUGAUGACUGUGCCUGCAAUCCCUGUGUAAAUGGAGGCUCCUGUGUGGAUCUCAUUGAUAAAUACGCAUGUUUCUGUCUGGAUGGAUUCACAGGAAAGACUUGUGAAACUGACAUAGAUAUUUGUAAAGACACCUCUUUUAACGUCUCACUGUGCUUCAAUGGAGCCACCUGCAUCGAUGGUGAAGGAUCAAACUUCACUUGCAUUUGUCCACCAGGUUUCAUGGGGGAUUUCUGUGAAGUGGAUAUAAACGAAUGUUGCUCAGCGCCGUGCCAGAAUGGUGCUGUUUGCCAAGAUCUUAUUAAUAGCUACGUCUGCCACUGCAGGUCAGGUUGGACAGGCCUUCACUGUGAGGAUGACAUUAAUGAGUGCCUUCCACAGCCCUGCAACCAGGGGAUAUGCAUCCAGAAUGAUCCAGGCUAUGGCUACACCUGUUUCUGUCGUCCUGGAUUUGUGGGAAGAAACUGUGAGCAGAACUAUGAUGACUGCCUGCCCAAUCCAUGUCCAGAAGCUUUUUCCUGUUUAGAUGGCAUAAACAAGUUUAGCUGCAUCCCUCCCAUUAUGGUUCCUGUUCCCUUGGUGACGCCAAGCACGAACAUCACCCACAGUUACACACCCGGAACACUGAUGUCAACGCUAAGCCCAGUACCAACUGCUGAAUUAUCCACAGAUUGGAGUUACCAUCACUUCUUUGGGAUUUCAUACCUUGAAUUUCAUGCUGUUGACCUUGAAACUCUGAACAACAUUACUGUGAGAUUUCAAACCAAGGCAUCUCAGGGAAUGCUUCUAUAUGUGGACCAAGGACCCAUUAAUGGAGAUUUCUUUUUUAUGAAACUUUUUAUCCAGGAUGGGAUCUUGAAGUAUGCCUUUUGCUGCAACGAAGAUGAAGAGGUUACACAGAUGAGUGCACGCAUUCAUGUUGAUGAUGGCAGAGUUCAUAUUGUGAACAUUAGGCAACACCUGACACCUUGUGAAGCAGAGCUGAUGCUUUCGGGCCAUGAGACAAUUAAAAGCACAGCCAGUAAUUACUGGCUGGGACACAUGAUUCAAAGAACAAACCAUGUCUUCGUAGGUGGCUUGCCACAACAAUAUCUUCCCAAUCAGAGAGCAAAACCAUUGGACAACUAUACUGGCUGUAUUGAAGUAAUAGAAAUUAACCACCUAAGAAGCUUCUACACAACGAAUGCAGUUGCUGGCAGCAAUAUUGACCAAUGCAGGUUUCCUUUACAUCCUACAGUUGACUCCCCAUUUAAGUAUUUGAGUCGGGCCCUUCCAUCAGCUUCCACCGACACAGUAAGCACAGCUCCACUGCUAUCAUCAUCUCCAAAACUUCCUUUGCGUGAACUUCAGGUUUGCCAUGAUGAUCCUUGCCACAACGGAGGAACAUGCCAUCACCUGCAGCUUCACAACAGAACUAUUCCUUCCUGCGACUGUCCCCUUCAUUUUACUGGAACUUUCUGUGAAAAAGAUAGCAGAGUUUAUAUUCCAUCUUUUGAUGGGACAUCAUACCUGAAGCUGAAGCCUCUUGCAUCCUUCUCACAACCUUUGAAUGACAGCAGUAAUUCAACAACAGCAGCUGAAGGCAUCUCUUUCUAUUUGAUGGUUAAAACAAAAUCAACACAGGGCACCAUCCUCUUCACCCAGGAGCAGAACUUUGGAGAUCAGUUCCUGCAUGUGUUCCUUGAAGAUGGAAGCCCCAUUGCUCAGCUUGGCUGUGGUGACACUAAUAUUUUAUAUGCAGCUGCUGGCAAGAGAAUCAAUAAAAACAGAUGGAUGCCAAUCCUUAUACGAUUCAGCCUGCCUGUUGGCAAACAAGGAGGGUCAUGUCGGAUUGAAAUUGCUGCAGAUAAUGGCACCACACAGCAUCUUGAAGAGUUUGUGUCACACCCUGUAUCAGAGAGGACAUUUGGACCCAUUUUUCUUGGGGAUGUUUCAUCCCACUGGGAGCGGCAUGGUGAAAGAGGAAAAGAGCAGAGGAGAUUCAUUGGCUGCAUCAAGGAAUUUCAGGUCAACUCAGUGGAGAUUGACCUGGUGGGUGAAGCAGUGAAGGGGAGGAACAUCAAGAACUGUGACCCACCCGUAUGCCAACACCUUCCCUGCCGCAAUGGAGGAACAUGUGUCAGUGAUGCAGAGGACUGGUUCUGCGAGUGCCCUCCACUUUACACAGGCCGGCUGUGCCAGCUCUCCGCCUGCGAGCGUGGACCCUGUCGCCAUGGAGCCACAUGCAUUCCUAAGUCGCAGUUGGAGGUGGUUUGUCUUUGCCCCUUUGGACGACAGGGGUUACUCUGCGACCAAACCAUAAAUGUAACUCGUGCCAGAUUCAGUGGAACUGAUGAGUUUGGCUACACAUCUUUUGUGGCCUUCACUUCCAUCCCAAGACUCACCUUCUUCUAUGAGUUCAAGCUGAGGUUCACGCUUGCAAAUAAUUCAUCUGCUGUCAGAGACAACCUGAUCCUGUUUGCUGGACAGAAAGGACAAGGCAGCGAUGGUGAUGACUUCCUCGUUUUAGGACUACGAAGUGGAAGAAUUGUCCACAGGUUUAACCUUGGAUCAGGAAUAGCAACCUUAGUCAGUGAUCGACUCAACAACGAGACCACUAUCCACAGUGUUACUUUUGGAAGAUUCAAAAGAACAGGCUGGCUGAAGGUUGAUGGGCAGCGGAACAGAACAGGAUAUUCUCCUGGACCUUUGGUGGGCCUCAAUGUUUUCAACCAGCUCUUUGUAGGUGGAUAUAAUGAGUUCACCCCUGAACUGCUGCCACUUGGCUCCAGAUUCCGUCAAGGCUUUCAAGGCUGCAUUUUCGAUGUUCAGUUUCGGACCAGGAGAGAUGGGAAGUUUCAAGUGUUGGGGCAACCUGCAGGGCACCCAGCCUUCGGGCGCAGUGUUGGUCAAUGUGGAGUCACCCCCUGUGCUCAUGUACACUGCAGGAAUGAAGGGAUGUGUGUGGAUUCUGGUUCAUCAGUUUACUGCCAGUGCCAGCCUGGAUGGAAAGGAGCCCUCUGUACGGAAACCGUGUCUGUGUGUGAUCCUGAACAUACCCCCCCUCCUCUUUGUGCCCAUGGCUCCACCUGCAUCCCUCUGCCAAAUGGAUAUACCUGCCAGUGCCCCUUGGGAACUGCAGGAAGCCACUGCGAGACAGCUGUGACCAUCACUGAUCCAUUCUUCAGUGCUAACCAGGGUUCAUGGAUGUCAUUCCCUCCUAUGAGUAUUAGGCACAGGAUUGUUGUAGAGCUGCAGUUCCUACCUUUGUCACCUGAUGGCAUCAUUGUCUACACUGCACAGCAUCUUGGUGCUAAAGCAGGAGAUUUCUUCUGUAUCUCCUUAACUGCUGGGUUUGUCCAGUUGAGAUAUAAUCUUGGUGAUGGCAUACACAUUCUCCAGUCAAUGCAGACAGUGGACCUACAUGGCAGGACCUGGCAUGUGGUAAAGGCUGGCCGUACUGGUCAUCAGGGCUUCCUCAGCCUGGACAGUGAGGAGAUCAGAGAGAACAGGACUAAAGGGAUGACCACAUUAGAUGUUGCCACUGACAUCUUUGUUGGAGGCGUGUCCACUUUGAGCUUCGUUUCCCCUGAAGCGACUGAACAGGAACCAAUGAGCUUUACUGGUGGGUUGAGAGAACUUAAAAUCAAUGGCAAACAACUGGAGCUAACAGAGACAGGAGCCCUUGGUGGGAAAAACAUCAGGGACUUGGAUGGGACAGCCUGUGGGUACAAAGUGUGUCAUAACGGAGGUCAAUGCAGAGCUAUAGGGGCUGACUCAUUCUUAUGUGUGUGUCCAUCAUUAUGGAGUGGAUCCCUGUGUAACCAGUCUGUAAGCUGUAUAAACAACAGCUGCGGACAUGGCUCGAUAUGCGUUCCAUCUACUGCAACCUCCUACAGCUGCAUAUGUCCCUUCGGUUGGGUGGGGAGAUACUGUGACACUAAAAUGUCCACAGACACAUUGAGGUUUGUAGGAAACUCAUACAUUAAACACAUCGAUCAAAGAUUCAACAAAAGAAACUUAAAGUACGUACAGCUUUCUUUUACCUUCUAUGCCAGCUCUAGUGACGGUUUAAUUUUGUGGAUGGGGACGGCCGAGCAGGAAGACAAUGACUACCUUGCAGUUGGGCUGGAGGAAGGCAAUCUAAAGAUUGCAGUUAAUCUUGGAGAAAGACUUGCUCUCCCAAUUACGUUAAAAAAUCUCACUCUCUGCUGCAGGAAAUGGAAUAAUGUGUCUCUAAAUCUCAACCGAACGGUUAUUCAGGUUUUCCUUAACAGGGAGGAAAUCUUGUUUAAAGAUUUGGACCCAUUUGAGCGAUACAUAGCCUUAAACUCUGGGGGCGUGACUUACUUUGGUGGGUUUGAAUUAAACAGAAAUGUAUCAGUUGUCACCUCCGGAAUAUUUUCAGGGGGCUUUGAAGGAAGUAUCAGAGAUGUGAUUUUGUUUGGAGAUGAGAACCCGAUGGUUUUAUUUAAAAACAGUGAAGGUUUCAAUAUUUUUGAAGGCACUGAAUGAUAGUAAAACCAUAAUUUCUGAACUCCUAAAAAUAGAAAAAAAAAAUCAACUAAAUGUUUGUUUGAAGUGCUGUAGUUCUAGUUUUUAUUGAGUUUGCAAUAUUUAUUGAAGAUUUGACAUCGUUUUGUAGAAUAUUGUUUAGACUGAGCUCAAAACACUAAUAAAAUACAUUCUGAAAAAGUA